UGCACCAAGAAGAGUGGAGGGAGGAGGGGUAGCCAGUGCAGGAGGGAUCAGUAUUUGGCAGGAAGGCGAGGCCUGCUCCUGGCCUUACAAUCCUAUAGCCAGCCGUGAACGAGCUCCAAAUCUGGCAGUGUGUGAGGGGAGGAAAGGAGGGGGGUGAGAAGAGAAGUGAAGUUCUGGAAGGGGUUUGGUGGGAGAGGAGUGUAAGGCGGGAGCGGUUCUGGUGACAAAAAUAAGGAGGGGGGAUAGGGGGGAGCCAUUACCUGGGGGAGAAUAAGGCGCCCCGGAGAAAGUGGACGGAAAGCCCCGUGUGAGCAGGUAAGAGGAGCGGGGCCCUCCCUCUAAACUUGGCCCUUUGUUCUUAUAUCUCCCCCUGCCUCCUCCUGCAAGUAACUCUCCCUCAGUCCCGCCACUCUCUCUCCUCACAGCUCUCCCCGGGCGCCCCCUUGCGUUCCCUUUUUUUUUUUUUUGGGCGUGACGUCACCCAGAGCCUGCGAAGCUAUGACGUAAAGAGAGGAUCUUCUAUUGUUCCACCUGGGCAGCGGAAUCGUGUCGGAGGAGCGGGCAUCGUAGAGCAGAGGCGGGGGUGGAGAGAGCCGGGCGAGGGGCAGCAGCGAGUGUCUGUGUGUCAGGCAUUGGCUUCCUUUGUCUGCCGCUUUCCGCCCCCCUCCCCCCUUCUCCGAGACAGGAACCCUGCCUGGCUGGCUGCUGCAGGUUUGUAAAUACUGGAGCAGCACACAACAUGGCUGACACUGCCUGCUAGGACUCCGGUGUGCAGACACUGCAAGGCAAAAGUAAAUUUGACAAGAAAAUCUUUAGGCUGGCAGAGGUCUUCAUCUGCAAGAUUGGCAGCUUUGCUGCCCUCUCGUAUACAGAUGAAUGAAGACUCCAUUUGGAAAGGCGGCCACUCAGCGACCAAGAGCUGAUGCAGCAAAUGCGGGUGUCUCGGCAAAUAUGAUGAAGAAAAGGCCCUCUCACAAGAAACAUCGUAAUAACAUGGGACCAAGCAAACCAAUUUCCCAGCCAAGGAGAAACAUCGUUGGUUGCAGAAUACAGCACGGCUGGAAAGAGGGUAGUGGUCCUAUAACUCAGUGGAAAGGAACUGUUCUAGAUCAAGUACCAGUCAACCCUUCCCUUUAUCUUAUAAAGUAUGAUGGGUUUGAUUGUGUUUAUGGACUUGAACUUCACAAAGAUGAAAGAGUAUCUGCUCUUGAGGUUCUUCCAGACAGAGUUGCUUCAUCUCGAAUUAGCGAUGCCCAUUUGGCCGACACAAUGAUUGGUAAAGCUGUGGAACACAUGUUUGAAACAGAAGAUGGAUCUAAAGAUGAAUGGCGAGGGAUGGUUUUAGCAAGAGCGCCAAUCAUGAAUACAUGGUUUUAUAUAACCUAUGAAAAGGACCCUGUCUUGUACAUGUAUCAGCUUUUAGAUGAUUAUAAAGAAGGAGAUCUUCGUAUCAUGCCAGACUCUAAUGAUUCUCCUCCAGCUGAGAGGGAGCCUGGAGAGGUUGUGGACAGCCUGGUAGGAAAACAGGUUGAAUACGCCAAAGAAGAUGGAUCAAAAAGGACUGGCAUGGUAAUUCAUCAAGUUGAAGCCAAACCCUCAGUUUACUUCAUUAAGUUUGAUGACGAUUUCCAUAUUUAUGUCUAUGACUUGGUGAAGACCUCCUAAGUGACAUUCUGGACUUCUGCCAGGCUAAUGGAUCUGUCAAGUGUAAAAUUUGUAGAAAAAAAAAUGAAUCCCACUUUCGGAUUACAGAAAAACUCAGAUAUUCCUGCAAUCUCACACCACCUUAUUGGAGUAAGAAAAAUGAGAGCGCAUUUUUGGGAAUAACGUUUGUUUCAUUCUUCCUUACAAAGGAAUAAACCACUUUUGCAACUGACCUGUUUAAAGCUGGGAACUUUGCUUUUGGAAAUAAAAAACUCAAAGCAGUUGGUAUUCGAGUGCAAAAGAAUGGAAGAGCCACGUGAAUGCUUAUGAUUAAAAACCUAUUGCAUUUCAUUUAGCACUCAUUCCUUACCUACAAGGCACUGUUUGGUAUAUCAAACUUCCCUACCGUAGAUGUUUGUCCCUUAUUUUAGCUUCCGGCAUCCCUGUUGAAGGCACUAUGGGUGAAUUAUACUUUUGUGCUAAGAUCUAGCAAAACAUUGCACUGUGAAGUCUUUCUGUGUGCCUCUAUAACAUUUCACUAUCCUUUGUAAAGCAUCAACACAUACAUUGGAUGUCCAGUGGCAGUAGAUUGUAAAGAUCAGCGUUCAUGUCGCUACCCAUGCAGAUCUCUACAUGAAAGCAUAUGCAUUAAUACAAAUGGACAUGGCUUUUUUUGGGGGGGAGGGGGGGGGGGCCUUAAGACAUGCCGUAGGCUGUGGGGCAAUUCUGUAUUAUGCAAAAUGAUGUGCUAAAAGUAUUUCUCCAGUGUUAAUUCUGUCUUACAUUGUGCAAACUGUGUAGUGGUAACGCUUCACAUGUUACCCCUUCACCGCUUUUUUUUUUUUUUUUUUUCUCCACACCAGUUCUACUGCCUAUUUUUAGUAACUUUUUUUUUUUUGUUUGUUUUUUUUUAAUGUAUUUUUGAAACACUGUCAAGGUGUAUUUAAUAAAAUGCUAAGCAAAGCUUGUAACUUGUUUUGAAGUCCACUAUGACAUACAUUUCAAAAUAAAAUGAGCAUCUGCGAGAAGUAUUUUUUUAUCACACAUCGUAGCACAGCUUAAAUCCUCCUCCUUUUUUUUUUUUCUUCCCCCCCCCCCCCCCCCCCCCUUCCAAUUUCCCUGUCCUUGCAUAGCAGAACCAGUUUUAAUUUCAAAAGAGGAAAAAAAUAUUUCCAUUUCCCCUUCUUUCUGUGCUGUAUAGAAACCAGUUCCAAAUCUGAAAAGAAUACAACACAGAUUCCAGAGUGAGUGUUAACUCCACAGUGGUUUUUACUGUACAGGUAGGGAUAGUGGGUGCCGGGAGAGCAACCAUAUGGCAGGUAUAAAACAUUAACAGUUGUCCUAGACAUUGUAUUUUCUCUACAUUAUCAGUAAACUAUGCGAUUUUUGCUCUUUAUUGCAUAUCUGAAUAAAAAAUGUUGCACUUUGCCAAAUCACACUGAUCUCUUCACAUUCCCCAGUACUACUAGUGUAAUAUGCAUUUAUUUAUCUCGCACCAUAAUGUUUUGGGAGCACAAGUGAGGCUUUGCUUUACCCUACGGCAGUUUGGAAAUUGUCAGCAAGGUGUAAUGCAGUGAAGUUAAACUUGAGCUACAGUAGAUUGUGGCUUAUGAAUCGGUUGUCCACAGUUCAUGGCUUACAGGCUCAUAUUAUUUAUAAGUGUCACCCUGCAGUACUGCAUCUGAUAAUGCAUGUGUAGUUGGGAAUUGUGAAUAUGAGCAGCUAUAACAUUUUAUAGGUUUACACACUAAAAAAAUUGUGCCAAUAUUUUAUUUCAGUACAAAGGUAAGCUAUAAAGUAAAUGUCUGCAACAUUCAAGCUUUUGAUAGCAUUAGCCAGUCUCAGAGCCAUGGCUUGAAAGUAAUAACUAUGUAAAUAUUGCAGAUACAUAAUUGAUCACUUAAGUGGCAUCUACCCAUUUGUCCGACAACUUGCUAAUGUUUUAGGCUCGGUUCGCACUGCUACGACAGCAAAGUUGGACGACUUUCUGCAACUUCCCUCAGACUUGUUACACAAGGGCUGAAAUUGCACCCAAGUCGAAUCAAAGUAGUGCAGAAACCUUUUCUGUAGCGUCAGUUAAGAUGGCUCUCGUAGGGAAACAUUGAGUUUCAUCCUACUUGGGGUCUCGCAAAUUGGAUCCCAUGUUGCAGCAGUGUGAACCAAGCCUUGGAGAUCAGAUAUGCUUUGAAAUAUUUGUCUCCUUUUCCCCUCCUAUCUGAUCCACUUCUGAAAUUAAGCAUUUGCUUCCUGUUAAUGCAUGUGACUGCUAAACUGUUACAUCCUUGGAAACACACAUUUUGUAGCUUUUUUUUCUGUUUUUAAUUGUUACUUUGGCCUUUUAAGGCAUGUGCCUCUUUUAAGUUACCCACGAACGAUUAUCAUAACAAUUAUAACCAUUGCUGCCAUUGCAGUUUAUUAUCCUUGUGGUCCACCAAAGCUCUAAUGUAUUCAGUAAAUGGCUUCUUGGGUACUUUUUUCUGUUACACACUAAGUUCUUAAAACAUAUAGCUUUCUUGUGUGUUGAACAAAGUGCAUAGAUUUGCAAGUGCUUCUAUCCUGAAGAUCUCUAAAAUGAAUUUUAUUGACUCUGAAGAGUCCUGCAUGUAAAUCUCAAAGCAGAGCCUGGCUCCGUGAGCCCCCCUACCCAGUCGUAGUUUGAUAAAUGUGCAUGUGUGCAAUUGGGGACACACAGUUUGUAUAGUUAAUUGGGCUACAGUGUUGUUUUUUUAUUUUUUUGGGGGGGGUUUUUUUUGCGGUCUUUAAAUUGGUCUAUAUUUUAUCGUUAACUGUAGAAUAACUUCGUAAACUUUAAUUUUUUUUUUCUUUUUUUACACACAUUUUCUGUACUUUUGUAUGCGUUUGUUAUAUUUUUAUUUCAACCUGCGUGCAGCUGAUUUAAAAGGUGAGGGACUUCAAAUUCAUCUCUGGUGGGCUUUGUUAGGGCUCAUGUUUCGGAUCGGCAUGCAGUGCUUACAUAUACUGUUAAUCUACAGUCAGUUUAUGGGUGUAAGGGUGUAUUGUCUAUAAAUAUCAAACUGCAAGCGGUCUUUUGUACACUACGUUCUGUUCUCGCUUUUUUUUUUUUUUCCUGCUGUACAGUUGUAUUUUUUGUGUGCGUGAUAACAGAUUGCCAUGUAAUAUUACAUAAAAUUAUAUAUAAAGAAUAUAAUUGACAAGACCAUUCUUUUUGCAUGCUUAGGUAGUAUGUUGACUGUAACAAAAUAAAGUUGCAUGUUUAAAUGAUUGGCUUUCCUUUUUUUUUUUUUUUCCCUUCUUCCCCCACCCCCCUUUUUCUUUUUGUAUGUCUUCAUUACUUUAUUUCAGCCUCCAUCACUCCUUUUUUUUUUUUUUGGAUGACCGUAGGCGUAAACCUGUAAGCCAAUAUAUUUGAAAGCCGAUGGAUUGUAUUUUUUUUUUCCCUGACAUUUUUUAUUUUCCUGCCUUUGCUGCAAGCUACAUGAAAAUGGCAAACCCAAAUAAACAUCCUUGAACCUUUUUAGGCCUCAUUCACACCAUGUGCAGAGGUAUGGGGUUUUCUGCACCUGUCUCUGCAAGGGCACAAAGCAAACACUUGUUUUCUAUGUGCCCUAUUAACACUGCAAUGUUGGUAUAAUGUGCAUGUUUUUCUGUUCAGAAAUAUGUAACGUGCAGUUUUCUGCACAGAAAAAAACUCCCAUGACACCAAUAUUAUAUUAAGAGGACAUUUUAGAAGACCCUCACUUAUUAAAAUGUUCAUUGUUCAUUCUGAAGCUGAUAGUCUGCGAAAAGCAUCUCCAAACCAAGACAUUUUUUAGGAACCUUAGUAAGCAUAACCUGCAAGCUGGUUAAAAAUAAAAAUCUCAAAUGCUUGACGCCUAUAUUUAGGCAGCUGUUAUGGUGUGGUGGUGUGUUUGUUUGUUUUUUGUUUUUUUGCUUGCUGCAAAGCCAUGUGUCUGAUAGUUGGAGGUGUUGUGUCCAUGCACAGUGGGGCUUUAAAAAAAAAAAGAAAGAAAAAAAAAAAGGCCUUCAAGCAAAGAUUAUGAAGUGACUUCCUAGUGCGACUGCUAAAGUUCUGGUGAUCCUUGGUCAAAACUGAUGUGCUUGUAAACGAGGGUGGACAAAUUUAAUAUGGAACUCUGUAUUUUUCCAGCUUGAAGUACACAAGGAAUAAAAGAUGCCAUAGAUUAAAAAGUAACUUUUUUUCUUUUUUUUUUUUUUUAAAAGCUAGUUUUGGAAAACCUGUUUUUCUGGGAUUGGUAAAACACAUCUAUUAGUAUGCAGCAAAAUGUGACGUUGAAGUUUCUAAAGGGUGUGAACAUUUUGAAAGUUCUUGUAUGGAUUUGGGUAUAAAAAGCAGCUUUUAAUUUGAGAAUUCUUGUAGUUUAACACCCAUUUUCUACAACAUGUUUAGUGUUUACAAUUUUUCUCAUUUGCUUUACAAAUCCUGCUUUAAGGAAAUUGUACAUACAAAUUGUUACCCUGAAUAACAUCAGUGUGACCGUUGCAUAUUACUGUAUGUAUGUAUGUAUGUAU